GCUACUCAAUUUGAGCCUGGUCACUACCAGAUGCUCCAAGAUGGCGAACGAUGGAGGUUUCUCUUUCACGUUUUUUUUACCAGUCGCUUUGCCCGCUUUAGGGAUUCUAGCAACAAUGGCUUCUCCUCUUAGCAAUGAGAGCAAGCGCGUUGCAAUAAGGCUGCAAGUGCUUCUUGCUGCUUUUGGGGCAUUCUUUUUGCUCUCACGUUUUGUGUGGGUUCGACUGACCCAGGUCAUUACUAGCCGAGUACCUAAGAUCUUUCUCUUUGUCACUCUACUGUUAGGGAAUUUUAGCUUCUUUAUAGGACGUGUUUUCAUAGGGCCUGAACCCUACCUGAUAACCAAACUGUCUUACAUAUGCCUCGGGUUGAUGAUUUUAUUGUUUUGUAACCUAAUGUUUUCGAGUUUUCUCUCGAUUCUGUUAUCAUUUCUUGGUGCCCGGGUCAAUACCGGGUGCAAAAAGAUGUUGGUGUUUAUUUCCUUGGGCAUCUCCCUAGCCAUGUGUUUAGCAGGGUUACUAACGGCAUUAGGAGAACCGCAUUUGGAAUUCGUCACCAUACCUCUUAGAGGCUUGCCAUUAUCUCUUAACGAAACAAGAAUAGCCCAAAUUUCUGACAUUCACCUUGGUCCUACAGUGGGCAAAUCUCAAUUAGAUAAGAUCGUUAAUAAGGUAGUGGAGGCAGAGGUGGACAUUGUGGUCAUUACAGGGGAUCUUAUUGACUCAGGCGAACCAAGCCUAAAACUGGCUGCUUCACCUCUAAGUAGGAUCCGUGCCAGAUUUGGGCAGUACUUUGUGACAGGGAAUCACGAGUAUCUUGCUGGCAAUGUUGACAAGUGGUUUUCUGUGUUACGCACCCUUGGCAUCUCACCUCUUCAUAACAGCCGUGUGGAAAUCCACCCUCCAGAUCACCCCACUGACAAGCUGUACUUGGCUGGUGUGGAUGACAUACAAGCUAACAUGUUAGGGUAUAAAGACCAUGGUAUGCGACUAUCUGCAGCCCUGGAUGGAAGGGAUCCUCACCAUACUACCACCAUCCUCCUUGCACACCAGCCACAAGCGGCACUACAAGCCAUCCAGCAGUACCCAGAUAUUGACUUAGUGUUAUCUGGACACACCCAUGGAGGGCAGUUCUUUCCUCUUCACAUCCCCAUCUAUCUGUGGAAUCCUUUCUUCUCUGGCUUGUAUCGAUAUACGGACACAUGGAUUUAUGUUAAUCCUGGAACAAUGUAUUGGGGCAUUCCCUUUAGAAUUGGAUCAACACCUGAAAUUACCGUUUUCACAAUCAUUGCCCUCUAGUUGAUUUUUUGCACAAAUUUUAUUUAUUGAUCUCUGUACAAUAUAAAACAGGUUUUAUCGAAUAUUUAUUGAAAUAUUUGCAUUCAAAUAAACUUAAGCAACCAGCUGC